AUGGAUGUCAUUCCUCGUCUCAAACUCGCCCUUUUCGGCCUAGGUCGUCUAGGUGUCAUCCGAGCCCGGAUUCUAGCAUACGAGCAACCACUUGUCGAGUUGGUUGCUGUUUGCGAUACCAAGCCAGGAACCGAUGCGUGGGCUGCGGAAAACCUGCCGUCAACAGUCAAGCAUUUCACAAACCCAGAAGAGUGCCUCAAACGUAGCGGAGCACAGGCUGUCUUGAUUUGCACAGCUACAGCUACACAUGCUCCGCUAAUCGUUCAAGCACUCGACCUAGGACUACACGUCAUGUGUGAGAAGCCCAUCUCCGUAGACGUUAUCACCACUGCCACUGUGAUAGAAAAGGCCCAAUCUCGACCAGAUCUCAAAUUCCUUGUUCCGUUUACUCGACGAUAUGAUAAGUCGUAUCGUGAGGCUAAGGCCCUUGUUGAGAGCGGCGAACUUGGAGAGAUUCACGCGGUUGAGACCUGGAUGAGCGACGUCCAAGAUCCUGCUGGUCACUUCGUUGCAUUUGCUGCUCAUUCCGGCGGCAUCUUCCUUGACAUGGGUAUUCAUCACAUCGAUACUGGGCGGUAUCUUUUGGACGUAAAGUCCAACCUCGCAAACCCGAAGAAGCAAGUCAAGCGAGUUACAGCUAUCGGUCAACGAGCUGUGUACACUGAUCUCGCCGCGUUCGGAGAUGCUGAUAAUGCCUGGGGCUUCGUUGAGUUUACCAAUGGUAAGGUCUGGACAACACAUCUCGCUAGGACAACGACAAACGGGUUUGAGGACUCAACACGCGUGUGCGGUACAAAAGGGCACAGUAUCGUCAGUUCUGCUAGCAACGUCGAGAUUCGGGAUAAGCAUGGCGUUCGCAAGCAGACUGUGCCUGAUGCCUUCAAGCUUUUCCCCGAGACAUUUCAAACAGAUAUCACUGAUUUUACCAAUGCGGUUCUCUUUGAUAAGCCUUUGACUUGCCUUGCAGAAGAUGCUUUUGAGGCAGGAAAGAUAUGUACUGCUCUUCAGCAUUCUUACCGCACUGGCCAAUCAGUAUACUUCAACGAUGAAGGAUUCCCAAUCCUCGAUGAUGGUAUACCGACUCCGUAG